GCCCGGGCCGCGGCCGGGCCGGGGCCGGGGCGCCAUGGCCGAGUCCCAGCUGAGCUGCCUGGACGAGGCGCACGUGAACGAGAGGGUGACCGAGGCGCAGGCCGCCUUCUACUACUGCGAGCGGCGGCGGGCGGCGCUGGAGGCGCUGCUGGGCGGCGGCGAGCAGGCCUACCGCGAGCGGGUCAAGGAGGAGCGGCUGCGGGACUUCCUCUCCAGCCAGGAGCGCCAGGACCUCCGCGCCGCCUGGAGCCCCUACGAGGAUGUCGCCGCCGCCGCCACCGCCGCCCGCGGCAAGAGUAAGACCAAGGCCAAGGCCCCGGCCCCCGCCCCGGCGCAGGCCCGGGCAGAGCCCGGCGAGUCCCUGGCCUACUGGCCCGACCGCUCCGACACCGAGGUGCCCCCGCUGGACCUGGGCUGGACCGACGAGAGCUUCUACCGCGGCGUGAGCCGCAUCACCCUCUUCACCCACCCGCCCAAGGAGGAGAAGGCGCCCCACCUCAAACAGCUGGUCAGGCAGCUGAUCCAACAGGCCCAGAAGGUCAUCGCUGUGGUCAUGGACCUCUUCACCGACGGUGAGAUCUUCCAAGACAUUGUGGAUGCUGCCUCGAAGCGCCGGGUCCCAGUGUACAUCAUCCUGGAUGAGGCAGGUGUGAAGUACUUCCUGGAGAUGUGUCAGGGCCUGGAGCUCGCAGACUUCCGUAUUCGGAACAUCCGUGUGCGCUCUGUGACAGGUGUUGGCUUCUACAUGCCCAUGGGGAAGAUCAAGGGGACCCUGUCAUCCAAGUUCCUAAUGGUAGAUGGUGACAAAGUAGCCACCGGAUCCUACAGCUUCACCUGGAGUUCCUCCCACGUGAAUAGGAACCUUCUGCUUCUCCUGACGGGGCAGAACGUGGAGCCCUUUGAUGUGGAGUUCCGGGAGCUGUACGCCAUCUCCGAGGAGGUGAACUUGUACCAGAAGCUGGGCCUGGAGGGAGGCGCCGGCAGGCUCGGCCUCAACUACUCCUCCACCGUGGCUCGCAAGCUCAUCAACCCCAAGUACGCCCUGGUGGCAGCCAGCCGCCAGCCCCCGGGGGAAAUGAUGCGCUGGGCUGCCCGGCAGCAGCGAGAGGCCUGCAGCCACCCAGAGGGGCAGGAGGAGGGCGGCAGGGGCAGCGAGUCAGCCCGGCGCCUGGAGAACUUCCUGCACGACCUGGUCACACUGCAGCAGGUGCUGCCCCCCGUGGAACCUGUGCCCUCGGGAGAGCUGAUGAGGAAGGACAGCAGGGGGGUCUGCCACCUGCGUGCGGACCCAAAGCCCAAAGCCCCAGAGGCACUCGCCCGACAUGGCAAGGGAGAAGCUGCCAACGGGGAGGCCACCCCGGCCAAGGAGGGCAGGCGCUUCAGCAGCAGGUUCUUCAGCCGACGGUCCAAGAAGACCGCAGCCCCCAACGGCACAGCCAGCGCCCUGUCCCCCGAGACCUUUGCUGAGGUGGAUUUUCCCGUGGGGAAGAGGCCCAACGAAGGCUCCAGUGCGGAUGUCUCAGGUAAAACAACUCCCAGUCCUGCCAAAGCCAGCAAUUGUGUGAUCUUCUAAGCUGCACGCGGGCCCGCUGCGGCAGGACCUGUGGAUGCCCCUGUCCUGUCCUGUGGCGAACACAGGACAAACCCUGCACCAGUUUGCACAUCGGACUCCUCCUGACCUCCUGCCCCGGCAGCCUCAUCCUGGCCUCAGGGACCCUGAAUCGCAGAUGUGAGGGUCUGCGGCAUCUCAGGACCAUUGCACACCUCCACAAGCGCAUGGCGGCUGCGCAGGGGUCAGCCCUCGUUUACAUGCCGGGGAAGCUCACCAACGUCCACGCUUCUUUAUGUCCAGCCCCCUCCCUCCGCUGGGCCAGCCUCGCCCUGCAGCCCUGAGAUGGGGGUGAGCCCACAUCUUCAUACCUCAACAUGAGGGGGGCCCAGGGCAGCCCCCGCCCCGCCUUCUCCUUCUCUGGGCUUCCUGGUGCUGCUGGUCCCCCAAGAGCUGUGGUGGAAUAGAAGGGACGAGGACAGGGCUCUGAGCCAGGCACCCAGUCUUGCUCUGGCCUCUGAACGUGAGGCAGGAGGUGGGUGAGGAUGGUGGCUGGGGACUGGCUGCUGUGGCCAUCCUGGCCUGUCCCUGCAGGCUCCUGCUCUAGACUCCGAAUAGAAUGAGGCAGCAUUUGGUGCCAUUGCAUCAAAUUUGAGAGUCCAGCACCGAGGCCUCCUCUCCCUCACCCAGCGCCACCUGGCAGGCUCCACCCUGAAUGGUCCAGGCCUCCUAGGCUAUUGCCUGCUGCAAGCCCACCUGGAGCCCCCUAGUGCCUUUACCUGAGGCGGCUCCCUCCCCUCCUGUACCUUGAUUUGCAGCCCAAAGCAGGGAGGGAGAGAGAGCCGGCCUGAUGGUGGGGAGGGAGGCUGGGCCCUGUCUCCAGGAGCCUGUGUCCCUCCCCGCACCCCAGAGCUGGCCCUUGGUCCCCUUUACCGGCCGGGACUCAUGUGCCUUCUCUAGUUACGGUUCAGCCAAAGACCAGCCUUGGCCUCCUGCUAAAGUCAGGCAGGAUUGAGGAGCCUUGGCCUCCUGACAGGGACCUGGCCUAAGUGCCACAAUGCCAGGCCAGGAAGAGCAGCCUGCCGUACAGUGCCCCCUCUUCAGGCGUGUGACAGAAGGGCUCUGCGCAAGUUCCUGCGUGGUCAGUGGAGAAACUGCCCACGCGGGCCCUGCAGCCGGCCCUGCUUCAGGCCCAGGGGCUGGUGGUCAGAGGCGCUGAGAGCUGAGGGCCGCAGCACCUGGGCGAGCACCACGCUCAGCCUCUCAGCCUCCUACGUCUAAGCCAAGCUCCUGACCCCGCGUCUUUCCUUCAGCAGAACCCUGGGGCAGCAGCGGCACCUUGGGGAGGGGCACGGCUGUCUGCCAACACCUAUGGAAGGGGGAGAGGGGGCGCCCCAGCGUCCUAGUGAUGGGAGGGGUGGGGAGGGGAGAGUGAACCUGGCUCCCCGGGGCAGGGCGAGCUUCUGUGAAGAUUAAACACUUCCUGGGAAGUGCUUCCCGAGGCACCAA